UUUCUGGUGCGCUUAACAAGAACUUCUAUAUAUAUGUGCUUCAACCAUUUACACUCAUCAAAUGUGUUACUUCCAUUUUCUCCAGUAGCACAAAACACUCAAUUAUUAUUCAAUUAUUUUUUCACAUAAUUAUCUCAAGAUGAUAGAAUUGAGCGAUGUCUAUAAGGUGGUGGUGGCAAUGGUGCCACUCUACGUAGCUUUAAUGUUAGGCUACGGCUCGGUGAAGUGGUGGCGCAUGUUCACUCCGGAGCAAUCCGACGCGAUUAAUCGGAUGACUUGUUACUUCAUUAUUCCAUUUUUAACCUUCCAGUUCACCACACACUUGAACCCUUACAAAAUGAACUCUCUGUUUGUGGCUGCGGAUGUGAUUUCGAAAUGUGGGAUUGGGGCAAUGCUAGGGCUGUGGGCUUAUUUUUUUGGUGGGAGUUACGAGUGGUGCAUUACGGGGUUCUCGAUUUCGUCGAUUACGAAUGCUCUAAUUGUGGGAGUGCCGCUGAUGAGGGCUAUGUAUGGGUCUGUGGGGGUGGAUUUGGUGAUUCAGUCGGCCAUCAUGCAGAACACUUUUUGGCUUAUAGUUUUGUUUUUCAUGCUGGAAGUUAGACGGGCUAGGCUGGAUUUUGAUUCGGUGGCCGCGGUUGAGAUGUCGUCGGGGAAGGAUUUGGAAGGGAGUGGUGGUGUUCAUGAAGUGGAUGUGAGUGUGGUGAGGCCUUCGGUUUGGGCAAUGUUGAAAGUUGUGUUCGAGAAACUUGCGAAGAAUCCCAACUGUUAUGCUUGCAUUGUUGGACUCAUCUGGGCAUUUGUGGCCGCCAGGUGGCACUUUGAGAUGCCGAGCAUUAUGGAAGGAUCGAUUUUGGUGAUGUCAAAAGCAGGAACAGGCACUUCCAUGUUCUGCAUGGGUGUGCCGCUCAUGAGAGCCAUGUAUGGGGCCUUGGGGGAGGACCUGGUGAUUCAAUCCGCGGUUCUGCAGUCGAUUAUUUGGGUCAUGAUUUUACUGUUUAUGCUCGAAGUGAGACGUGCGAGGCGGGAUUUUGAUUCGGUGGCCGCGGUUGAGAUGUCGUCGGGGAAGGACUUGGAAGGGAAUAGUGAUGGAGAAGUUAAUGUGAGUGUGGUGAGGCCUUCGGCUUGGAUUUUGAUGAGGACUGUGCUAGGUAAGCUUGCGAAGAAUCCGAAUUGUUAUGCUUGCAUUGCUGGACUCGUUUGGGCAUUUUUAGCAGCCAGGUGGCACUUUGAGAUGCCGAGCAUUAUGGAAGGAUCGAUUUUGGUGAUGUCUAAAGCAGGAACCGGCACUUCCAUGUUCUGCAUGGGUUUGUUCAUGGCUUCAAACGACAAGAUAAUGGCUUGCGGUGCCAAGGCAACUAUUAUAGGAAUGAUAUUGAGGUUUAUUGUGGGACCCAUGUCCGUCGGCCUUGCUUGUCUUGCUGUAGGUUUACGUGGUGACGUCUUGCGGAUAGCUAUUGUCCAGUCGGCACUUCCGCAAGCCGUGGCCACUUUCAUAUAUGCCAAAGAAUAUGGACUUCACACAAAUGCCAUUAGUACAGCGGUUAUUUUUGGUACCGUGGUGUCACUACCGAUUUUGAUUGGAUACUUUGCUGUCUUGGACUUGAUACGGAUUUAACUUGAGUAAAGAGAUUUUCUGCAGUGAUUUUAGCUGGCUAGUCUUCAUACACUUGAAUUGAUGCCUGAAGCACUUUCAUUGAUUUAAAAUCUGGCAUAAAUAUUUAAUUCAAACUACUUUAAUUCUGAG